AUGAAUAGAUACAAUUUAGCCUUAACCCUAUUCUUGAUACUAGUCUUGAAUAAAUCAAAUCUUGCUAGUACGACUUCUUUUGUCGUUACAAAUCAUGGCCUAGUACAAGGCAAAGUCAGCCAUAUCUUAAAUGGCGAUAUUCAUUCAUUCCUUGGCAUUCGCUAUGCUCAACCACCAACCAAUAAUUUGAGAUUUAAACCAGCCUUGCCGUGGACACAGAAUUGGCAAGGCAUAUACAAUGCGACAUAUUAUAAAUCAUCGUGCCCGCAAUAUUCCUCAAAAUGGAACUGUCUAGACUAUAAUAAGGAACUCCUCAAUAGCCAACCUAUCAGUGAAGACUGCUUGUACUUGAAUAUUUAUACUCCUAUCCCUAAUGUAGCUGGCAAUAAAUCUGUCUUGGUAUGGUUUCAUAACGGCGAUUUUAAUUGCGGUAGUGGAUCACUGUGGGAUCCUUCUGCUUUAGCAAGUACAGAAGAGAUGGUGAUUGUUACUGUUAAUUAUAGGUUAGGAGCUUUAGGCUUCUUAACUUCAGGACAAGAUAGCAAUACUGAUAGUGAAAUUCCAGCUAAUCUCGCCUUACGUGAUCAACAAUUAGCUUUAACAUGGAUCAAGGACAAUAUUGUUCGAUUUGGUGGUAGAAGUAAUGAUAUUGGGAUUGUUGGCAGUUCAGCUGGAGCAAUUUCAGUAGGUUUACACACCGUUAUUCCAAGCAGUGGAUCAUUAUUUACAUCUGCCAUUCUACAAAGUGGUACACCACUCUCACCCCACGCUAUCAAGACUAAAAAUCAAGCUCAAAUUAUUUUUCAACAAUUUACAAGCGCUACUAAUUGCAGCCGUAAUACAUUAAAUUUAACGAUUGAAUGUUUACAAUCUCUAUCAAUCAGUACAAUAUCACAACAGCAAGAAGCUAUUUUAUCUCAAUUUCCUCAAGCUUUUACGCCUGUUAUUGACGGCCAAUUUAUCCCUGACGAUCCUAAGGUACUCCUUUCUUCAGGCCAAUUUAACAAGGUUCAAAUUAUGCUGGGUAGCAAUAUGAACGAUGGUUCCAAGUAUUUAGCCCCCUUACCCAAUAUCACCAAGGGGCUAUCAAGAGCUGCUUUUAAAACUAAUAUAGUCGCACAAUUUUCCAAUUUCAAUAACGUCACUUUAUCAGCCAUGAUCUAUAAAUACACAGACUGGACAAAUAAAACGUCAUUAUUUAGUAAUCGUGCUGAAUAUGAGAAAUUAUACAAUGAUUAUUACUAUGCUGAACCCAUUGUUGAAACAGCGAAUCUUUAUUCUAGUUAUGUUACUACUUAUAUGUACGUUUUUGCUUACCGAACUGAAAGUGAUACUUAUUUUCCAAGCUAUUAUGGCGUGGCUCAUUCUAUGGAAAUUCCCUAUGUAUUCGGUUAUCCAUUACUUAAACCCAAUAACUUAAAAUUAAAUUAUACUGAACAUGAAGAAAGAAUUAGUAAGCAUUUAAUGUCACUUUGGGGAAGUUUUAUCUAUGAUAGGUAA